AUGAAUCCGCCGAAGUUCGAGAAGACUGAAGACAUGUCGAAUUUAACAUUCUUGAACGAUGCAUCCGUGCUGCACAAUCUACGGGCACGAUACGGUUGUAUGCUUAUCUACACAUAUUCUGGCCUGUUCUGUGUGGUCAUCAAUCCAUACAAACGUCUACCGAUCUAUACGGAUUCUGUAGCGAGAAUGUUCAUGAACAAGAGAAAAACUGAGAUGCCACCGCAUUUGUUCGCUGUUGCCGAUGAGGCAUACCGAAAUAUGCUACAAGAUCACGAAAAUCAGUCGAUGUUGAUCACCGGAGAAUCUGGAGCCGGUAAAACCGAAAACACCAAAAAGGUUAGCGCAUGUGUAUGCACUAUCUUAUCAGAAGUACUGAUCAUGUUGAAUAAAAUCAGUAUGAUCAUGGGAACAUGA